AUGCCAGGCUACGAGAGUGGGGCGUCCUUGCCCUCACGCUCACUGCAGGAUAACGGCAACUACGCCAGACUGGAGUCGCCUCGUGCGUCCUCCCACUCGCUCGAGUCGGCAGCCCACCAUGUCGUGGACGUGUCCAGCGGCGCGCGCUCCUUCUCAGCCGCUGAUCUGUACCACGUCGACGCCAAGAUGGCAACCAACAGCAAAUCGGUUGCUGGAGGAUCCAGUACUCCGCUACCUGAUCACCGUUCGCGAUUCUUGAAUGACGGAGAGCUUCUCCUUGCUGCCAAUCCCGUGCCCACGCGCGAGUCCUUCGCGACACUUAAUGAGACCGACGAGAAGACGUGGCACCAGCGAUCUACCGAGCUGAUCACUAAGAUGCUAAACACGAACAUCGAGCGGGGACUAAAUGUCAUGGACGUGGAGCGUCGGAUACUGCGUUACGGUGUCAAUGCACUGGAAGAAGAAGCUAAAACGCCAGUCAGCGUGAUCUUCCUGCUGCAGUUCUACAAUCUAAUCAUCGCCAUGCUGCUCUUCGCUGCGUUGGCGUCUUUGGCCUUGCAAGAAUGGGUUGAAGGUAUCGCUAUCCUCGCCAUUGUCACGCUGAACGCAGGCGUGGCGACGUACCAAGAACACUCCGCCAGUAACGCGUUAGCCGCGCUUGCCAGUCUGUCCAGCCCGCAGUCGCUUGUCAUCCGUGACGGGAUGCAACAAGUGGUGGACAGCAAGCAGCUGGUGCCUGGAGACAUCGUGAUCCUCGUCACAGGCGACGUUGUGCCUGCUGACAUUCGGCUGUUCACUAGUGUCGAUCUCAAGUGUAACGAGAUGCUGCUGACGGGCGAAUCGGAGGAUGUCCCCAAGAAAUACAACGCUCCGAUCCACCCCGCUGGAGCCGGCAAACCUGCCAAGUUGACAGCGAGUAACAUGGUCUUCUCGUCCACGACGAUCACCGCCGGCAACGCUCGUGGUAUUGUAGUGGAGACUGGUAUGAACACGCGUGUGGGCUCCAUUGCAGCUCUACUACAAGCCAAGAGCGGCACGGAUGCGUCUGCAGAGAAGAAGUGGAUCCGUAAGCCGCUUGGUGACUGCAUCGCCAAGCACCGUUCGAAGCUCACGCCUCUGCAGCGAGCUCUACACCACACUGGGUACGUCAUGGGUCUCAUCGCGGUGGGUGUGGCCAUCCUCGUGUUUAUCGUCGGUAUGAUCCGCGGCAAUGAAGACCCUCAUCACCCGGACAGACCCACGUACUUGACUAUGAUUAUGGCUGCUGUGUCUGUGGCCGUGAGUGCUGUUCCCGAGGGUCUACCGAUGGUCGUGACUAUCUGUCUGUCGUCCGGUACGGCCGAGAUGGUCAAGAAGAAUGUGCUUGUACGUAAACUCGCGUCAGUGGAGACGCUAGGCGAAGCGUCGGUCAUCUGUACCGACAAGACGGGUACAUUGACGGAAGGCAAGAUGACUGCAGUGAAGCUCUGGGGCGAUUUCCCGCGAGCCGGAAAUGUGCAAGUUCGCGCGACUUUGAUGGCCUCGGUGCUGUGCAGUAACACGCAACUCAAGCAAGUGGAAGGGGACGACGGCGAGACUCCACGUUGGCUCCCGUUUGCCAACUCGUCCGACGCGCCUUUGUGGUAG